AGGGUUAGGUCAUUGCAAAUAUUGCUAAUCCUAACGUAGUUGCUCAUUUGGAAGUGUUAAUCUCGGUGCAUUCUGGCCACAGCUGUCAAGACGCAAACACCGACCUGGUGUAUCAUCGUCAUCCUCCGUGCCCCGAGAUGGAUAAAAAUGUAUCUUGGAACUAUUGGAAGAAGCUACUACCAUUAAAUGCUGGUACAGCCUGUGAGGAUCCAAAGGUUACCAGUGCUUUGUUGAAGAAGUUAACUGAAGAUAAUAAUAUUGGUCCCCAUUUGUUAGAGACAGAAAAUUUUAAUUUCUCUCAAGAAAAUGCACCAGAUAAUGAGGAUUUUUCUAUGAACAGAAAUUCAGCAUCACACCCAGAGAGUGCUCUUAAUAAAUCUAGUCCAAUCAAGAUAAUGAGAGGUAAUGCUAAGAUACCAUGUUAUGAAAAUAUUCCAGAACCUGUGACUAAUUCUCCUUUGACACCAGAUCUUCAAAGUAACUCUUUCAGAAAAAGUGUUGCUUACCAAGCUAUAAAGUUUUUGAAUCUAAGUGGUGAUGGCAAUGAUGGACUUGAAACAAAAAAUUAUGGGAUUGCUUACCAUGCAGUCAAUCGACAAGACUGCAAUGCUUCUGCAGGAACAAUUAGUUACUCCCCCUCAGCAGAGCUUAGUAAAACGGCUUGCAGUGAUUAUAUCCCAGGUGAUGACUCUAAGCUACAGUCACAUCACAACUUUGUGAGAAAUUUUUGGGAUACAAGAAUAGCAUCGCCAGGUUUUAGCAUACCCUAUUAA